CUCUUUGCUCCGCGCAGCUUUCACUCAGUCGCUCAUUUCCUAUUUUGAACUUCUGAGGGCUUCUUUUUUAUUAUUAUUAUUGCUUGAAAUGGAGGAUUUGAAAACUUCUGAGCGAUGUGUCCACAAGUCCUCCUCCUUCAGUAUUAGCAGCCUGUUGUGGAGACGAGAUGGGAUGGUGCACGAGUCUCACUCUCCGUCCCAGAAACAUCCAGGUAAAUCCAGCCAGGAUGAAAAGUGUGACAGCGAAGUCAAGCGCGAACUUCCCACACAGGGCGCGACAGUGGAAACAAAAGACACAAGUGGGAAACGGGAUGGGAACAAGGCGGAAUCAAAGGAGAGUGAAGGAAUCGUGAAAAGCGAGAAACCUCCGUUCAGUUACAACGCGCUGAUCAUGAUGGCGAUCCGCCAGAGUCCAGAGCGACGGCUCACACUCAACGGCAUCUACGAGUUCAUCAUGGACAACUUUCCCUACUACAGACAGAACAGACAAGGCUGGCAGAACUCCAUCAGGCACAACCUGAGUCUCAAUAAGUGUUUUGUGAAAGUGCCGCGACACUACGACGACCCGGGGAAAGGCAACUACUGGAUGCUGGACCCCUGCAGUGAGGACGUCUUCAUAGGCGGCGCGUCAGGGAAGCUCCGGCGCAGGACCACGUCUGGAUCUAGGGCAAAACUUGCGCUGAAACGAGGAGGAGGAGGAGGCGGAGGAGGACGGCUGAUGUCCUCCAGCACUGCAACCAGCGUGACUUUGGCCGCGGCGAGUUCGUUUUACUGGCCAGUGCCGCCGUUUCUGCCUCUGCAAACUCCAGUGCGCAGCAGCCUUGGCGCGGGGAACUACCUGAGCGCUCACCCACGCUUCUCCAACCACGCCGCGUCUGUUGUGACUCAGCGAUCCCGCCUGAGCAGAGCGACCCCGGCUGACGUGGACCGGUUCGUGCAGGCUCACCAUCAGGAGAUGUCCUACAUCGGAGUCAGCUGCGCGCAGUCCCGCCGCCAUCAGAUCGGCGCAGCGUGCGCCGCUUUCUCCACGUCCAUCCCCGCGUGCACACUGCCGCUGUCAGAUCCCUGCCCUUUUAACAUGAUCUCCGGACAAGCCAGCUAUUUUUACUCGCACAAGAUUCCGUGCGCUGCGACUUGUAGUCCGUGUCAGGAUGAGUUUACAACCAGCAGGACGUCCCCGGGUCAUUUUUUAUCCAAGGCCGGACACUCGGACUUCGGAGGAUGCUGCAACGACUUUCCAAAUUAUUGCCCUCAAAUAAGUCCAACUGCUCCUUCAUCUUGGAAUAUAGAAAAAUAAAGUCAUUAUACACAUAGCUGAGAUUUAAAAUAUCACUGUAGGAUUUAGAUAAACACGUGGUUAAAGCUUCCAGCCUGACUGGUGAAAACUAGUCCACAAUAUUUACUCAAUAAAGUAUUUGUGUUUAAAUGUUUGAAGUCAAACGAGCGACUAUUCUGUUUUAGAAUAAUACGGAGAGUUGUGCAAAUGAAUGAAAAUGUCGCACAUCUGUUGGGACUUUGGAAAGUCAACAGUAAUAAAUAAUAAUCACCACAGACGCGUUUCAUUCAUUACUCUUCCUCAUAUAUCCACGUGUUCGUGUACAAAGUGUUGUUUGCGCGCAUGUCACUGUUAAUAAGACAUUUAGAAGAUGAAAUAAAAAUAAUAAUCACUGA